GCUUCGUGAACUGCUGGAAUCAGAAGAAAAUAGGUACUUUGCUGAGAUGGAGUCACUUGAAGAAACAGUCCUGGAAAAACAAGCAAAAAUGAGAGAGCGGGCAAAAUUGCUGAGAGAAAAGAGAGAAGAAGAAAGACAGAAGCUGGUUACUGAAAAACGAGAGCAGCAAUUCAGAGAACAAUGUGAGGAGUUUCGCACGCGGCAGGCACAGAAGCACCAGCGGGAAGUGUGCGCGGACCGACUGGCGCAGCUGGCUCUCAAGGAGGAGCUGAAAAAGCAGCAGCAGCAGGAGGAGCAAAUGUUUGCCAGGCUCUGGGAAGAGGACCGGCUGGCCAAGGAGAAGCAGGAGGCGGCGGAUAUGCAGAAAGCAGCGGAGCAGCAUCGGGAAUUGCUGAGCUUACUCGGAGCCCAGGUGGCCAUGCAGGGCGCUCGCAGGGAGGAAGCCAAGCGGCUGAAGGAAGAGGAGGCUCGUGUGCUGGAAGAAGAAAAGCAACAGCUUAAACAAGAAAAUGAACGUCUUCAUAUGGAGAAACUGCGGAAGCAGAAGGAACGCAGGGACAUGCUGGUCAGGGCAGCGCAGGACAAGAUGAAGCGUCUUAAUGAGGAAAAGCAGGAGGAGCUUGCUCUGGAUAUGAAGAUUCUAGAAAAAACUCUUCAGGAAUCCCAGGGAGGUGCUGAGGAGAAAAGCAAGAGAAAACAAGAGCUUUUCAAGGAGCAGCAGACUUACCGGGCACACCUGGCACGGCAGCUGGAGGAGGAGAAACAGCGAGAAAAGGAAGCGGACAAGCUCCUCGAGGAAGAGAUGGCAAAGGCUUGGGCCAAGAAGGCUGAGCAACUGCGCUUAGAAAAAGAAGCUAGAAAACAGCUGCUGAGAGAUGUCCUGGACACGAGAAAACUGCAAAUCAAGGAGAAGUCAGAGAGAAAUGCAAAGGAGCAGGAAGAACUCGCCCAGGAAAGGAAGCUAUUCGCUGAAGCAAUCACAGAACUGAAACGUAUAGAAGAAGAAAAAUAUGCAAGAAAAGUAAAGGAAGCAAAAGAAUACCAAGAGCAACUCAAGGCUCAGAUUGCCUAUCAACAACAAGCCCGUAAUGCUGAGGAGGAAGAGAAGCGGCGAGAAUAUGAAUCAGCCCUGGCAGCAGAGAGAGCAAACCAAGAAAAAAUAGAGGAUAUUCUAGCAAGGUCUUCUGUGACACUAGCAGAAACUCAUCCCUUGAGAAGGAGACUCAUAUCGAGCACGCAAGAGCAUUUAUGA